AUGGCGACCGAUACCUCGACCUACAAGCUCAACCACACGAUGAUGCGGGUCAAGGACCCAAAGCGGUCGAUGGAGUUCUACAAAUUCCUUGGCUUGAGCUUGGUCAACACUAUUGAUAUGCCAGAAUGGAAGUUCUGCAACUACUUCCUGGCUUAUGAUGGGCCGGCCUCCCUGCAGGGUAAUCGUCACUGGACUGAUCGUAACGCAGUCUUGGAGCUCACGCAUAACUACGGUACCGAGAGUGACCCGAGCUAUAGCGUGGUAAACGGUAACACUGAGCCGUACCGCGGCUUUGGCCACAUUGCUAUCUCUGUUGACAAUAUCGAGGCGGCAUGCAAGCGUAUUGAGGAUGCUGGAUAUCCCUUUCAAAAGAAGUUGACCGAAGGUCACAUGCGCGAUAUUGCUUUCGUCAAGGAUCCUGAUGGAUAUUGGGUUGAAAUUAUUCUCCGUGCUGAUGAGGACCUGGGCACCACUACCGACCCUGGUAGCUACCGUCUGAACCAUACCAUGCUUCGGGUCAAGGAUGCUGAGGCCAGCUUGAAGUUUUACCAGGAGUCUAUGGGUAUGACUUUGGUUCGCACUAUCGAGAACCCAGAAAACCAGUUCAAUUUGUAUUUCUUGGGAUACCCAGCUUCAAAUCCUGAAAUUAAGGAGGGUUUCAAGAACAGCGUGGCGGAUUGGGAAGGCUUGCUGGAGUUAACUUGGAACUAUGGCACCGAAAAGCAAGAGGGACCUGUCUACCACAACGGCAACACGGAACCCCAAGGUUUCGGUCACAUCUGUAUCUCCACCGACGACCUUGGGGCUGCCUGCGACCGAUUCGACUCCCUCAAGGUGAACUUCAAGAAGCGCCUGACCGACGGGCGGAUGCACAACAUUGCAUUCAUUCUGGAUCCGGAUGGAUAUUGGAUUGAGGUUAUACAGAACGAGAAGCUCAAGCCGACGUCCAACUGGUAG